CCACACAGACAUUUACUCAUUCAAAGAUUGUGACAAGAGCAAAGGAGAAAAGCUAAGGAUGGCAUCCGAAUGUCCAACUGAAAUAAUAUGUCCAGGUAAGAGCUCAUGGCCUGAGCUAGUCGGGACGUGUGGAGAAGUCGCAGCGAAAACCAUAGAGGAGGAGAACUCCGUCUAUGCCGUCAUUGUUCCACAAUCCCAACCAGUGCUCCCUGCUAAUUUCAAUUGCGGCCGAGUAUUUGUUUUCAUCAAUGAGAAAGGCAUUGUUACAAGGGUGCCUAGGGUCGGUUAAACUAAGAGCAUGGAGAUGAUUCUUCAUCACUGCAAUUGGUUUGUAAUAUGAUUAAAAUACAUAAGUCGUCCGAGGGUCGUCUUGCUGUGCUUAUAUGAUUUUCUGUUUAAUGUGUUUAUCAAUAACAUGCAAGCUUUUUGUUUGCUUAAAUUUGGGGCAUUGAAAAUGGGACGGAAAAUUUGUGGUUUA